AUGUCCACAAUCAAGGAACGAUAUGAGAGUUCGCCAGGACCUUUCGUUUCGUUGGAGUUUUUCCCUCCGAAAACGCAGUCAGGAAAACAAAAUUUGAUGGCACGUAUGGGACGGAUGACAGCGUUGAACCCGCUUUUCCUAACCGUGACCUGGGGUGCAGGCGGUACUACAGCCAAAAAAACAUUAGAGCUGGCAGCUUUGGCUCAAAGAGAGCUAAACAUACCGGUGUGCAUGCAUUUAACAUGCACUAAUACUAGUAAGGAGGUCAUAGACAAUGCUUUGAAAGAAGCUCACAAGGCAGAUAUCCGUAAUAUUCUAGCACUAAGAGGCGACCCGCCUGUGGGUGAAGAUUGGGAUCAAGGAGACGCUCCAUCUGACUUUCAACACGCUGUCGAUCUUGUAAGGUACAUCAAAAAAGAGUACAACAACGAUUUUUGCAUUGGUGUGGCUGCUUAUCCAGAAGGCCAUUGUGAAGGUGAAGCCGAUGUUAUGGACCAUAGCCCACUGAGGGACUUGCCGUUUUUGAAGGAGAAAGUAGACGCUGGCGCAGAUUUCGUUAUCACACAGCUAUUCUACGAUGUUGAAAAGUUCUUGGCCUUUGAAAGUUUAUUCCGUGAGCAAAUAUCCAACACAAUUCCCCUAUUACCAGGGCUCAUGCCAAUCAACUCUUACCAACUGUUCAAUAGAGCAUCGAAACUAUCGCACGCUUCGAUUCCGGCGUCUAUCCUCGACCGAUUCCCCGCCGAAUUCCGUGGUGACGACAACAAAGUCCGUUCCAUCGGUGUCGACAUUAUUUCUGAAAUAGUGGAAACCAUAUAUGAAAGGACCAAGGGAAGGGUUAAGGGGUUUCAUUUUUACACUUUGAAUCUGGAGAAAGCUGUAGCACAGAUUGUGACCACUUCACCGUGCCUUGCAAAGAUAUUUGAAGAAGAAAAGGACGAUGAUCUGGUGGAUGGAAUUGAGGACAUAGCUUUAGAGGAUGCUGAUAUCUGCGACAGCGCAAAUGUGAAGAAAAGAAGACGCCAAUCAUCCACAAAUAAUCCUGAUAGGACUUCUAAUCGGGUUCUAAUUGACGACGAGAAUAAAAAUAUAGUCAAGGGAAGAGAGCCGUCUGGGGCACCAUCCAGAAAAGUUGUUCUGUCAAUAUCUCAAGGAUCUGGUAGUCUCGGUAGAGAUGCCACAUGGGAUGAGUUUACCAAUGGUCGAUUUGGUGACUCCCGUUCGCCAGCUUUUGGUGAAAUUGAUGGGUACGGCCCUUCAUUGAAAGUGAGUAACCAGAAAGCGUAUAAAAUCUGGGGACAACCACAGGGGUUCAAGGAUUUACAAGCCUUGUUCAUAAGGUAUCUGGAGGGAGCUCUGGAAGCAUUGCCAUGGUCUGAUCUCGGACUAUCACCUGAAACAGCAUUGAUCCAAGAAGAGUUGAUUCAGCUCAACGAACGCGGAUAUCUUACAUUAGCAUCUCAACCAGCGACUAAUUCUACUUCAAGCACGGACAAGAUUUUCGGAUGGGGCCCCCGAGGUGGCUAUAUUUAUCAAAAAUCGUUUGUGGAAAUGUUCGUGCAUAAGGAACAAUGGAACAAUGUCUUGAAGCCUAAACUUGAGCCUUUGUCUCCAAAUGUGAGUUUUUACGUUGGGGAUUCCGAAGAUGCUUUUUAUUCAAGUCUGGAAACCAACGGAUCUAGUGUAGUGACGUGGGGUGUGUUCCCAAAUUCCGAGAUUCUGCAAACUACCAUAGUAGAAGAAGAAUCAUUCAAAGCUUGGAGAGAUGAAGCUUUCAGUAUAUGGCUAGAGUGGAGCAAGCUUUUCCCCCGUGGAUCCGCCACUAACUCGCUUUUGAGACAAGUGCGUAAAGACUACUAUCUCGUGUCGAUUGUACAUCACGACUUUAGUCAGUGUGAUGCGCUGUGGGAUUUGCUGCUGACUUAA